AUGUCCCGCGAAGCCUACCAAGUCCCCUCCAACCUCGGCGGCUCCCAGAGCGCCUUCGGCGGCGCUGACGCCGGAGCGGGCGGCGCGGCGGGCUCCCUCGACGGCCCCAUGGUCGCCUACCUGUGCGGCGAGUGCAACUCGCGGGUGUCGCUGAAGCGCGGCGACCAGAUCCGGUGCAAAGAGUGCGGACACCGUGUUCUGUAUAAGGAGCGGACGAAGAGAAUGGUGCAGUUUGAGGCGAGGUGA